AUGCAAGCUCUAACUCAGCUCAUUAACUUCCUUGUAGAAAUUGGCGUGCCAGUAGGAGGAGAGGCGGCUACUGAGGAGGCUGAAAUGGGGAACGCGCACAGAAAGUUUCACAGCAAAGGAGGUGGCAGUAAGGCGGAAGACAGAGACACACAGAAGCAGAAGGAAUCCACUGAGUGCGGAUUAAAAAAAGAGACAUCAGAGAAAAAAUCACAAAAGCAUUUAUCAGACCAUGAAGGUGAAGUUAAUGGCUAUUUACACAGUGAUCAAAAGAGUGAAAGCCCUGAAGCUGAGAGCUCCAAAUCGCACGGAGCUGAGUCUCAGUCGGGUGGUGGUGGCAGUUCUACUUCACUUCCUCCUACUGCAGCAAAACUAAAAAGUGAAGGAAACGAGUUAUUUAAGAGUGGACAGUUUGGAGAAGCUGUGCUCAAAUACUCAGAAGCAAUUGAGUAUGUCAUCGGUCUAGGAGGACAAAGUCCAGAUGAUUUAAGUAUCUUGUACUCCAACAGAGCAGCGUGUUACCUCAAAGAAGGCAACUGCAAUAACUGCAUUCAGGAUUGUAACAGAGCUCUGGAGCUUCAGCCAUUUUCCCUUAAGCCUCUUCUACGACGAGCAAUGGCAAAUGAGUCUAUGGAGCGGUAUCGACAGGCGUACAUUGAUUAUAAAACAGUCCUACAAAUAGACAGCAGCAUCCAAGCAGCAAAUGAUAGUGCUAAUAGAAUAACAAAGACUUUAAUAGAUCAGGAUGGUCCCAGUUGGAGGGAGAAACUGUCACCAAUUCCAGUUGUCCCAGUUGCUGCUCAGCUACACAGGUGGGAUGGAGGAAACUUUACUUCAGAGAAACAGCCAACAAGUACUACAGAUAUCAAUAGAGAAGAACAGUUGCAGAUGAAUCGUGAGAAAGCUGAGGAGAAGUUCAAGACAUUAAAAACUGCAGGGAAUGAUUUUGUAAAAAAGGGUAAAUACGAAGAAGCUGUGAAUAAAUACAGCGAAUGCAUGAAGUUAAAUACCGAGGAAUGUACGAUCUACACUAACAGAGCUCUCUGUUACUUGAAACUGUAUAAAUAUGAAGAGGCUAAGCAGGAUUGUGAUCAUGUUCUUCAGAUAGAAGAUUCUAAUAUUAAAGCUUUUUAUAGAAGAGCACUAGCGUACAAAGGAUUACAGAAUUAUCAAGCCAGUGUUGAUGAUUUCAACAGAGUACUUCUAAUAGAUCCAAAUGUUCUUGAAGCAAAAAAGGAACUAGAGGAGGUAACCCAACUGCUUAACGUUGACAGCAGUGCUGCAGCUGGCAGUCAGCAAAAGCAAAGGAAGAAAAUAACCAUACAAGAGGUGUCUGAAUGUGAUGACCAGGAAGAGAGACAGUUUGCUGCACCAGAAGGUGUUGUGACUGAUCAUGUUACUUCUAAGGAAGCAGUUCAAGAGAGUGUGCCACUGAAGACCUCUGAGAAACUGCGUAUUUCUGAACCAUCUAAUGCUUAUGACUUUGGUCAAAUUAUAAAUGCAGUGAAUACCAAUAAGGAUAAAGCUGCUUGUGCAGAUCUUUUAACGAUUAUUGAUCCAAAAAAAAUGCCAGUGCUGCUAAGUAAUAAACUUGAAGGAGAAAUCUUUCUGAUUUUUAUCCAGUCAUUGGAAUAUUACCUCGUUGGAAAAGAUCCUGGCCUUGUAUAUCAGCACCUUUUCUACUUGAGCAAGGCGGAAAGAUUUAGGGUGGUGCUGGCCCUUCUUAGCAAAAAUGAAAAAGAACAGGUUCAGCAACUGUUUAACUCACUCUCAGAAAACCAGAAUCAUCAGUACACUUUGGAAGAUCUUGAGAGCCUUAAAAAGGUUUAUGAACUUUAA